AACUCAAAGUUUACACGUACAGAAAACAACCAUGUCUAACUUCAUCUCUUCUUUUCCAUUGGCCCAGUUCUCCGAAAGAUUGAGUUUGGAUAGAAUCCGUACAGACGUCGGAUCAUUACAAUCAUCCAUCUCCAAACUCCGUCCUCCUCAGGAGUUCUUUGAUGUCAGAAGAGUGUCCAAGCCCGCCAACUUUGGUGAGGUCCAAAGUAGAGUGUCCUACAACUUGGGCUACUUUUCUGCCAACUACUUGGCCAUUGUUUCGAUAUUGAGUAUCUACGCCUUGGUUACCAACUUGUUAUUAUUGUUUGUAAUCUUGCUAGUUGGUGGUGGUGUGAUUGGUAUCAGCCGUUUGGGGGGCAAUGACUUGGUUUUGCCCUUCACCAGAUUAACCACUUCUCAAUUGUACACGGGAUUAUUUGUGGUUGCAGUUCCUUUGGGAUUUUUAGCUUCUCCCAUCUCCACCAUGAUGUGGUUAAUCGGAAGCAGUGGAGUGGCUGUAUUUGGCCACGCUUCGUUCAUGGAAAAGCCCAUCGAGACGGUGUUUGAAGAGGAAGUGUAAAGUAUAGAGAAGAAAACUCAGAUUGGUUUAUAUUAAUUAAACAUGCUUAACCAUGACUAAUAGUUUUAUAUAUAAGAACUCGAUUGUAAAGAAUAGAGACACUUAGAUGUUCAACUUAGUUCUUCUCCAGUGUCUUCUCUUAGCGUUGUAUCUAAUGGUGUUACCGGUCUUCAAUCUGAUCCAUUGAGGCAAUGGUCUGUUUUGCUUUUGGGCCUUUCCCAACUUUUGCUUGGUUCUGAAUGAUUUUUGAGACGGCAUCUUCAAUGAAUACUCUUCAAGGUUACUGGAAAAAAAUUCUUCUGGUGCA